AUGAUGGACUGGCUCACUGUGGACACGCUGGAGACCAGGGUGGACUGGGCGAUGGAGGAAGAAUCCGGCAGGGGAAAAAGGAGGCCAGAGGAGCUGGGAGGUGUUUUCGAGGCCAGCCCCUUGGGGGAGCCCGAGCCCGCGGACUCUGCAGGGCUGCGGGAAGGUGUCAGAGCAGAAACGCGGGGGUCACAGCAGGGCUGCGGCCGGGACCGCGGGGACGGGGACGCGGCGGCACGUUACAGCAUCUUCCUGGUGGCUGCCCAUGAGUUCGGCCACGCGCUGGGGCUGGACCACUCCAGCGUGCGCGAGGCCCUCAUGUACCCCAUGUACAGCUACGUGGAGGACUUCCAGCUGCACCCUGACGACAUCAAGGGCAUCCAGUACCUCUAUGGUCGCGGCUCUGGUCCCGAGCCCACUGCCCCCGCACCCGUGCCCAGCGAGGAGCCCCAGCCCACCGAGGCUGGCAGCGCCUCCACCACUGAGGGGCAGGAGGAGGAGGAGGAGGAGACGACGCCAGAGCCCACGGCUGAGCCCAGUCGCCAGGAUGCCUGCGCAGAGAAGAAUUUCGAUGCCAUCACAGAGAUCAACGGAGAGCUGCACUUCUUCAAGAACGGCAAAUACUGGACCCGCUCGUCCUUCUGGAAGUCAGGCCUCCAGGGCGCCUUCUCCAUCGCGGACACCUGGCCCGGGCUCCCGGCGGUCAUUGAUGCCGCCUUCCAGGACGUGCUCACCAAGAGGGUCUUCUUCUUCGCUGGUCGGCACUUCUGGGUGUUUUCCGGCAAGAAUGCGCUGGGCCCGAGCGGGAUCGAGAAGCUGGGCAUCGGCAAGGAGGCCGGCCGCAUGUCGCGCUCCCCCCGCGCCACCGACGACGUGUUCACCGGCGUCCCCCUGGACGCACGCAACGUCUUCCUCUACCAAGACAAGUACCACUUCUGCCAGGGCAGCUUCUACUGGCGCAUGACGCCGCGCUACCAGGUGGACCGCGUGGGCUACGUCAAGUACGACAUCCUGCAGUGCCCGGAGCACUAGCACCUGACUGGCCGCC